AAAAAUAAAAAAAACACUUCUAUAGAGUUGCUGAUCAUCUUCUUCAUCAGGAUAAGAAAGAAAAUGAGUGGAGCAGAGAAGUUGGUGUGUGUAACUGGAGCUUCAGGUUACAUAGCUUCAUGGCUUGUCAAGCUUUUGCUUCAACGUGGUUAUGCCGUCAAAGCCUCAGUUCGUGACCUCAAUGAUCCAAAGAAAACACAACACUUGGUUUCACUUGAUGGGGCAAAAGAAAGGCUUCAUUUGUUUGAAGCAAAUUUGUUGGAAGAAGGAUCCUUUGAUUCUGCUGUUUAUGGAUGUGAAUGUGUUUUUCAUACAGCUUCUCCGGUGACUUUCACACCCACCGACCCGCAGGCAGAACUGAUUGACCCUGCACUAAAGGGAACACUCAAUGUUCUGAGGUCAUGCGCAAAGGCUCCUCCAAAGAAGGUGGUUUUCACAUCUUCCAUGGCUUCGGUUUUGUUCAACGGGAAACGUUUGACGCCAGAUACCAUUGUUGACGAGACAUGGUUUUCUGAUCCAGAUUUCUGUGAGAAAUCAAAGCUUUGGUAUAUGCUAUCGAAAACAUUAGCUGAAGAUGCUGCUUGGAAAUUUGCAAAAGAAAAUGGAAUUGACUUGGUAACAAUAAAUCCAGGACUUGUGAUAGGCCCUUUUCUACAGCCAACUCCUAGUAUGAGUGUAGAGAUCAUUCUGAACCUAAUAAAUGGAGGAGGUCAAACAUUUCCCAAUACGGUGUAUAGAUAUGUUGAUGUUAGAGACGUUGCAUUGGCACACAUUCAGGCAUUUGAAGCUGCUUCAGCUUGUGGAAGAUAUUGUUUAGUCGGACGCCUUGCGCACAUUUCCGAGGCUUUGAACAUUUUGAGAGAACUCUACCCUGCAUUGAGCGUUCCUGAAAAAUGUGAAGAUGACAAGCCUCCCAUGCAAGUGUAUCAAGUAUCGAAAGAGAGAGCAAAAACUUUGGGAAUUAACUUCACCCCUUUGGAAGUGAGUUUGAGAGACACAGUUGAAAGCUUUAAGGAGAAAGGUUUCAUCAAAAUUUAAUGAUUCCUUUGACCCAAAAAAAAAAAAAAAUGUUACGAGUAAAAACUUUUACAAGUAAGACAACCCCUAUGCUCUUUUUUUUUUUUUUUGGCAAAUAACUCCUAUGUUCUCUUUGU